GGGAAACACACCCGUCAGCAACGCGCUUUGGAGUGAGGAGAGGAAAAAAACGCAUCACGGACAAAGGAAAAAAGAUGGGUGCACCGUGGAGCGUUGAUUUCAUCUGGGCAGCGCGAUGGAUGAGCCGCUCCUCUUACAUUCACUGGGAGACCAAUUAGUCCACCUUAAUGAGGUGCUGGGAUGCGAGAUACUGCAAGCAAAAAAGGCGGAAGGCUGCGUUUAAUCCGUCUGAGGAUCCUGUGAGCUUGCCAUGGCUGUGACGGGGACAUGCAACUGGACAGGGAGGAAUGUGCCUUUUUAUUAUUUUGUGCUGUUUUCCUUAUUUUGUGGCCUUGCGUUUGGACAGUUGCAGUAUUCGAUAACAGAAGAACUGGAAAACGGAGCUCUGGUAGGUGAUCUGGCGCACGAUUUGGGGCUGGAUAUUCGAAGGCUCUCCACCCGUAAGAUCAAGUUAACCUCCAUCAGUGGGAAGCGCUAUGUUGUUGUCAACCCUAAAAAUGGGAAACUGCUGGUCAAUGACAGGAUCGACAGAGAGGCACUGUGUGAUUCACCCAGCCCCUGCAUCAUUGAUCUGGAGGUGAUGGUAGAAAAUCCUACAGAGGUGCACUAUGUCAAGGUGGAGGUUUUGGAUGCAAAUGACAAUGCGCCGCAGUUCCCCAGAGAUGAGUACCAACUGGAAAUAAUUGAAUCUGCUAUGCCGGGAUCUCGUUACCCGAUUGAAAACGCCCAGGACCCAGAUGUUGGAUCCAAUUCUGUCCGCAUGUAUCAGCUCAGCACAAACGAGAAUUUCGCGCUGGUAUCAAACAAGCCCUCCCUUAACACAAAGCACAUAGAGCUAGUCCUUAAAAAGCCCCUUGAUCGUGAGCAGACGCCUUACCACCAGCUAAUUCUAAGUGCUGUGGAUGGUGGAAUACCUGAAAAAACAGGGACAGCCAAAAUCAAUAUCCGGGUCCUAGACUCAAAUGACAACAAUCCCGUUUUUGACAGUUCAGUCUACAAGGUGAAAUUGUUUGAAAACUCCCCCAAAGACACGCUGGUGAUCAAACUAAAUGCAACAGAUUUGGAUGAAGGCACAAACGGAGAGGUUUAUUACUCUUUUAGUAGUUACACCCCUGAAAGAGUGAGACAGAUGUUUAGCAUGGACACCAAUACAGGUGAAAUAAGAGUGAGGAGCAAUGUUGACUAUGAAGAGACCAACUCGUAUGAGAUGUACAUCCAGGCAAUGGAUAAAGGCCCGGGAGCUGUUGCAGCCCACUGUAAGGUGGUUGUGGAGGUUGUGGAUGUGAAUGAUAAUGUCCCUCAGAUAGUGCUGUCAUCUCUCUCAAGCCCUGUGAGGGAAGACGCACGUGCAGAUACAGUUGUAGCCCUCAUUAGUGUCACUGAUCGGGACUCUGGCACUAACAAGCAGGUGACCUUAGAGAUCCCAGCAGGCCUUCCAUUCAAGAUCAAGUCAUUCAGAAACUACUACACCCUGGUUACCUCAGCCUUCCUGGACCGCGAGACCACUGAUGCCUACAAUGUCACUCUGAGUGCCACGGAUGGAGGAACCCCUCCUUUAUCUUCCCAGAAGACGAUACAAGUGGAUGUUGCGGAUGUUAAUGACAACCCGCCACGCUUUGAGCAGACUUCAUACACAGUAUAUGUGACUGAGAACAAUGCCCCUGGGGCCUCUUUGUGUACUGUGAAAGCUCAAGAUGCAGACAUCAAAGAGAAUGCACGCAUUACCUACACCGUGCUCAAUGACAACAACCACGGCAUUCCUGUCACCUCAUAUGUGUCUGUGAAGGCCGAUACUGGGGAGGCUUAUGCCCUGCGAGCCUUCGACUAUGAGUCACUGAGAGAGUUUCAUUUCCAGGUCAAAGCCCAGGACGGGGGCAUUCCUCCACUAAGUAGAGUUGCUACUGUCUACAUCUACAUUAUGGAUCAGAAUGACCAUGCUCCACUAAUAGUAAGUCCUGCUGGCAAUGGGACACGCUCCUUGGAGACAGUUCAAAAGAAUGCAGAGCCUGGUGCCUUGGUGACCAAAGUUGUGGCAUAUGAUGCUGAUGCUGGUCCAAAUGCUUGGCUGGUCUACGUACUGGAGACAGCCACUGACUUGGACCUGUUCAAAGUGCAUGAGCACACUGGAGAGAUCCGGACAACCCGGAGAAUCCUGGAGGACAACUCCACCUCUUUUGCUCUUACAGUUUUGGUAAAAGACCACGGAGAGCCAGUUCUUUCCUCUACUGCCACUAUUAAUGUGGCAGUCAUGGAGGUGGCACCAAAAGUUGCACCUGAUACCAAGAAGGUAAUGCGACCUCAUGCCACUCUGUUUUUCUCAAACGUUACUCUUUAUCUUAUUGUGGCUUUGAGCGCCACAACAUUUGUAUUCUUGGUCACCGUGGUGGUGCUUGCCAUUGUCCGUUGCCAUGCUUACUGCACCCAGCCUGGUUCCUGUUCUCCUUGCUGUGGCUCACAGAAGCCUCCCCCAGAUGGCGGAAACAGCAGUGUCAGUGCAGGCGGGGGAGGUGUCGGAGGGGCCGCAGGACAGCCUAAUAACAAUGUGGUGCUUCGAAGAGACCUGAAAGUGGAGCCUCAUUACAUUGAGGUGCGUGGGAAUGGCUCACUGACAAAAACCUACUGCUACAAGACCUGCUUGACCGCUACUUCUGGCAGCGACACCUUUAUGUUUUACAACACGGGUCGGCCAAUCAGUGGCACCUGGGGUAGUGGUGCUGACCGUUUCUUCACUAGUGGAAGUGGAUUUGUACGGAGACUGAGUAUGCCUGAUGCUUCUCUUCAGAUCUGCCCAGAGCCAAAAGCUCCGAAUGCUGACUGGCGAUAUUCUGCAUCAUUGAGGGCAGGGGUGCAGAGUUCUGUCCACAUGGAGGAGUCCUCAGUGAUGCAGGGCGCCCAAGGGAUGCUGGUCCAGAACUGGCCUACUGUCUCCAGUGCUGCAGAUGGAGAGGGGGGUGGAGAACUCUCACCCCCAGUGGGUGCUGGAGUCAACAGCAAUAGCUGGCACUUCCGAUAUGGCGCCGGACAAGGCUACAUCCCUCCUCAACCCCUGAAACCUGGGGAGAUUCCCCCUGAAGCCUUUAUCAUCCCCGGAUCUCCAGCCAUCAUUUCCAUCCGCCAUGACCCAGGCCCUGUGGAUGACAAAGGUGACUUCAUUAGCUUCGGCAAGAAGGAUGAGGCUAAGAAGAAGAAAAAAAAGAAGAAAGACAAGAAGGACAAAAAAGAUAAGGGAAAGGAUGACAGUGGCGAUGAUUAGGGGGAAAAGUAGGUGACCAAAAAGCAGAGCUACUCCAUACUGUAAUCUAUCGUCCCAGUUCCAGAGCCAGAAAAAUAAACCAAAUGCACAAUGUAACCAGGGGAACCAUGUUUGCAUAGACCUUGUACAGUGGCCAGAAGCUCAUUUGAUCUGCUUUGGCUCCCAUAUUACCCGAACUACAAAUAUUCUUAAUCCAAAGACUGGACCAAAUUCAAACAAAAAAAAAAAAAAAACAGUUUAUUUGUUAGAUCAGCCUUCCUGUGAUUUACCAUCCAGUCCCCCAAACUGUUAUCUGCUUUGUACAUUGACAACAGAAAUGCACCAUAGACGGUGCUCUAUUUGUAUCUGACCGCUGUCAGCUGAAGCUGCUGGUGUCAACAUAUCUGGCACCCUUUCAUUUAUCGCCAAGCCAAUGUGAAGUCAAAGCCACAAUGAAAUAAAGCAAAUGAAAUGGAAGCUUUCAUCUUCAGUAUUUCAGAGGGCUUUUAGGAAUUCAAAAGUCUUUUGUAAAAAAGGGAAAAAAGAAAAAAGUUCAAAUAUUUCCUAUAUAGUUACCAUGAGAUAAGCACCUUUAAGAGGAUGAGGUGGCUGAGAGAAGUUGGAGCACGCUCCAACUGAGCUGUGUCAUUAUGGAGCCGCAUACUGGAUGGACUAAAGACCUGCACUGGGUUGCACUAACUAUACAGCAAGUUUGUCCCCAGAUUAGUUUACAAGCAAGUGGUUUCAUAACUGCUAGUUCAUUUGAAAUUAGGGAGUUACUGAAAUUGAUUGUACAGAGUUAGUUACAGAGUACUUUCUCAGCAAUUUCAAUAUGUUGCUGAUUGAUAAACAUGGAGUUUUGAUUAAAGUAAAGGUAAAAUAGUAUAAUGGUUAGAAUAUAAUAGAAAUGUUUUUGUCCAUUCUCUGCCAUUAACUCUUUGUAACAUUUUUUUUUAUAAAGCUGUUGUAAUUUUUGUUUUGCUUUAUUGACAUUCAUUUUGGACUGUUCUAUAACAUGCAAACAUGCUGAAACUCAAGAACCCUGAGAGUGAGUACAGCCUUUGCUGUAGCUUUACUCCCUUACUGCCUUACAUUUAUUUAUGAUUAUAUUUUUCUUCCUAUCAAGCAUAUGCUAAAUUAAUGUGAGUUUUCUCAUCUGAAUACAGGGCAAUCUCUAAUUCUGAUAUUUAGUUUGUAAAUUAAUGAAAUCAGUCAUAAAUACAGAAAGUUUAGAUUGCUUUAUUCCAGCUAAAAUCUCCUAAUGACAUCAGUGAACAUUAGAAUAAGCAAUCAGUAUUGAUAGGAUAUAUAUAAUAUUGUGGCUGCAUAAGUGCUAGAAUUCGUUUGAGGUCAAUUUAUAAGUAGUGAUCAAAAUGUUUUUUUUUUUCUUAUUACUUUUAAGCCCUUUGUGUAGAUUUCACCAAUUGAAAUAUGAACAUGACAGGUUAGAUCAAAUAUCUUAAGCAAUCUGAACCCAAAUAUAAAUUUUUAAAUGCAGCAUCUCAAGUAAAUUUGUAAAUGAGAAUAAUCUGCCGGACAAAAACACAAAAAAAAACAACAAGAUAGAAAUGUUGAUGUUUAACUGGUUGGUUGUGUUACAUAAUGUGUAGAAAAUGGACAGAAACAUAAAAACACACAGUUUAGGGUCUUUGCUUUGCCGCUAAUGCAAAAAUUUGCUGUUUGCAAACAAAAAAGGGGAUAAAAAUUGCUAAUUUGUUGGUAGUGAGUGCAGUUUUGUGAUUAUGUAUCAUUUGCACUUGCUUUAUUGCUUGCCUACUUAUAUAGUUGUUCCAUAAGGUUACGUUCAAACUGAUUUUUGUAGUGUUGCUUGUCAAGCAAGAACUGGAAAUAAAUAGGGAGCCUUCAUGCAGCUGAUGAAGGCAGCAGCUAAACCUUCCUCUUAAAAUAUGAGACGGUUCAAUAUGGUAUAUACCAGACACUCAAAUACAGACUUGUUGCCUCACACACGCAGAUAAAAAUAAUUUGAAAACACACAGACUGUCUAUCUACUAGGAAAAAGGAAAAAUAAAACUUAAACCAAGAAUCCUCCCUCCAUUCUGGAAACUGAAAAACUGAAGGUCAGUACUUAAUAGUAGAGUGUAUUAUAUGCCUCAGAAGCAGGAACAUUGCUUGUCGCUUCAUUUCUGUUCAAGCCCCUUUCCCUCCGCUUCUGUCUUUGAAUGUUAAGUAGUUGUUCUUCAAGCUCUGCACCACUGCCUCAACUGCUUCAGUGCUUGUAGGAUUUGCUUGCACCUGCUGCCUGUUUCCUCCCUUUAUUCCUCAGAUCUACAUGGUUCAACGGCAUCCUUCCAGUCACUCUCCUUCAGUGAACUGUGCAGUUGUAACAGAGUAUAACAUUUGUGUAUAUUCAUAUAUCCACACAUGGCAACACAGGAAUAUAAUGCACCACACUCAAUUUACCCCUUUCCUUGGGUUCAGCUUUGGCUUGAACCAAGCCCAGGCGCUUCUGCCAGCAAGACCCACCUUUUGACUACUCUUUGUUGACAGCUCUGUCUCCUCUUGUAUGGAUUGUGCACUUGGCAUGGUGUAGACGCCUGACAGGUGAGCAGAAAGUGCUCUACUGGAUAGGCAAAAAAGAGAAGUCAGAGAGGAGUGAAAAAUGUUGGUCCAUAGCAGAAGACAGAGACAUUACUGGGUAACUUGACUGCCUUUUGUUUGAGGAGAGACAUUGGAGUUCCUCAUUCUGAACGGAUCAUCUUGGGUUGAAUGAACUCAAUCAUAAAGGGGUUGAAGCACAGUUUAUUGCUAAUGGAAACGGCCUAAGGUUUUAAUACUAAUAGGGUGAGUGGUAAGAAUAAAUGGUGGUGAAAUGCUUUUGUUGUGCUAUUAUUGGUAGUCAUUUGGGGAAAAAAGGGAUACCAGUCUGGUAUAAUUUCUACUGUUAUUGUUACUGCUUUAUUGCUUCGCUGAAACAAAGUAGCCUGGAAGUGCCAUGUCAAGCAUUAAACCUGAGUGGGGAUCAAAAUGUGAACCACUGUUUACCAGACAGACUGUUCAAAGCAGCAGGUAUCAAAACAACACGGUUAAAAGCGCCAGAAAAUUUCACCUCAGUGUUCCUUUCUUUAGACCAUUGUAUUGCAAAUCACCUUUGGGGUACAUAUGUAGGUGGUGCUCUACAGCCCGGGCCCUACCAUCUCCCUGAACUUUCUGCAGACAUACUUCUGUGCUGUCAGAUCACCAAGUGACUGUUUGCAUGUUGUAAGCAAAGGAAACAGAUUCUAUAUAGAUACUAUAUAUACAUAGAUAUGUUUUUUCUGCAAUAUUUAUUGGAAUACAUAUAGAUCCAACCCAAGAAAUACAUGUUGAAAGACUUGCCUUCAUCUAUCCAGGUAAACGGACAUCUGAUCCAUGAAGACACUAUUGCAAACAGAAAAUUGUGGAAAAGCCUAAAAUAAUCACAUUUUUAUCCUGCUGAAAACUACUUCAAUCAUCUAGACAUAAGCAAUGCUGUUGUAUUCUACUAUGAAAGGCCUUUUUUCAUGUUUUUAUCCAUAUGAUUUUCAUGGCUAAGAAAAUCAGUCCUUAAACCUCUGUUGAGCUUUGUAAAGAUCAAACACUUAUGUGAAAUAAAACCAUUUAUUCAUCCUGCAUAUCUGUCUGUUGCCCUGUAGAAAAAAAAAAAGAAAAAUAAGAAAAAAAAAUGUAUAAAAAACAUUUAAUGUUAAAAAAAAAACAUAGUAGUAAAGUUGAUGUAAUCUCUGCUUGUGUAUAGUGAACGUUCCUCAGUCGCUGGGUGCGUGAGCUGUGACUGGCUCAAACCGGUCCACUGUGUCUGUGCAGAUCUGUUCAUGACUUUUUUGUACACCUGAUAAUCAUUGUUGCAGUGAUAAUAGUGGUUCUUAUUAUUUCAUCAACCUGGUAAUGUGUUUUAUUAAGAAGUCACAAAUAAAGUUUUUUUCUUAAAUAUCUUAAAA